CGAUCCCGACCGGGCAAAAUAACGAGGUUGUCGCAUCGGCCGCAUUUCUCAGAGCGACACACACAGCAGAAGCCGAAGGCUGUGAGAGGGAGGGAGGGAUGGAGGUGGAAGGAUCGUCGAAGAAGAUGAUAGCGACGCAGGAGGAGAUGGCGGCGGCGAGGGUCCCGCUGGCGUACCGGGACCAGUGCGCCCACCUGCUGAUCCCGCUCAACAAGUGCCGGCAGGCGGAGUACUACCUGCCGUGGAAGUGCGAGGGGGAGCGCCACACGUACGAGAAGUGCGAGUACGAGCUUGUCAUGGAGCGGAUGCUCAAGAUGCAGAAGAUCCGCGAGGAGGAGGCCAAGCUCAAGCAGGGCCUCAAGCAGCCGGCCAUCCCUCUCAUCCCCAAACCCGCCAACGCUUAGCUCCUUAUUCUCCUCCUCCUUUCUUUCUUCUGCUGCUCAAAGAUAGAUCUCUACCGACAUGUGAUUAAAAGGGUUACUUAUCCUGUCUUUUGGAUUACUUCCUAUUGUGUUUAUACUGAACUCAGAACUGGUUAAAAGCACUUUCACAAAUAUCUUUCAUACUUAGCUUGCAUAUUCAUGGUUAAGGAUCGAGCAUUUUUGCAUUAGCAUUUUCUACCCCUCCACGGAAAACAUGAUCCUGCAGAUAGACGGCUCUUUAAAGCAAGUUUCAGCUAUAUUGUAGUUUGUGAAGGAAGAUUUUCUUUGCUUUGUAUGGCUUUGAUAAAACCCCUUUGCUUAUACUAAUAUAGCCUAAGAUUCACCUUGCCUUGUGAUUUGUUGCAAUUCAGUUGCUUAUCAUACAAUACUCUGAUUCGUUGACUUCACAGCACUCUUCACCUGAUGUAGUAUCAGUUAUCGGUAGCGAUUGUUGGUGACAAAACUGCAGUUCAUCUAGUUUUAUGCAGUGAAUAUUUGUUUUUCAUGUGGAAUUUAGUCGUUAUAUCUCUUGCUGUUAACCCAUGCAUACUAGUUGUAGGAUUAUGUGAUUUCACUCAUAAAAGAAAAGAAUCAGGAUAUUUAGAGAAUACACUAAAAUAGUGUAGGGGUCAACAAGAUGGGCUAAAUAUUGUAAGUUAGUUUACUUGACAAAUUGGAUAUUCCAUCUUGACAAUAGCAUUUGACAAUCUCAUGUGAGAAAAACUCUUAUUUCCGUAGAGUUCAUUGUGCUCCCAAAGCUAUUUGAUGCACACACCUAGAAAAUAUUCUUAAUGUUCUAGUGAAGAUAUAUGCAUCUAAAGGAAUGCUUUGGGAAGUUAUCAUUAAUGCAGGAGAAGGAAAAUGCUACAGGAAAAGAUAUCAAGAAGUAUGAGAGGGUGUUUGGAAUGUAGAGACAGCAAUGAAUGCAUUUUAUCUAACAACAAAAUGGCAACCUUGGUGUGCAGAUGGGCUUACAAAUUGAAGCGUGCCCAUGCUGUCUUUUUUUUUUUUUUUUUUUUUUUUUUGUGGUUACAUUUCCCAUGCAUCUCGCUCACCCUAUAAAUAAUCAGGUAUUCAGUCAUUUGUAUGAAGUGUUAGAAAGUCAAAACAAGUUAUGUAAAAUAGUAGUUUCUAAAUCCUUGAACGCCUUGUUUGGAUCUUGCAGUGCACCUUAGAGUUCCAAUUAGUACUCUUCAUCGUGGAUGCUUCUACAUGGUGUUUCUCUCAACAAUUGUAGAGCAUCUCUUCCAUAGAGUUGAUUCUUAAGCUGAAAGGAUGUGAAAUACAUUAGCUGCAAAGCUAUAGAUUCUGUUUCUGAUGCUAGUUGUCUAUUUGCAGGGAGCUCGAGCAUGGAUGCUUUUGGUGAAAAA